AAAGCUUAUUGACCUUUUGGGAAGAGCCUUUUGCAUAUUCUGUGGUCCGUAAUACACGAUGGAAACUGUACAGUAAGUCACGGCCUCCCCUCAACAAGCGCACUUAAACCUCUCUCUGUCUUAGUUCUGUACACAGCCAAAGAAGGUAGAAGUGGAAGAAAGAGUACCUGGGGAGAGAAGAAGAACACUGUUCAUUUAAGAAUUUUGUGGAUGUUGGUAAGCAGUGAUCUGCAAAACCCAUCGGCGGCCUAGGAAACGAUGCCAAACCAGCUAUGGUUUGCACUGCUAAUGAUUUACAGGAGUGGAAAGACUUUCCGAAGGGACUUAGGGUGCUUCUGCUUGAUGGAGACAGCAGUUCUGCGGCUGAGAUAAGAUCAAAGCUUGAGGCAAUGGAUUACAUUGUUACUACAUUCUGCAAUGAGAAUGAAGCUUUGACAGCAAUUGUAAACAAGCCUGAAAGCUUUCAUGUUGCUAUCGUUGAGGUGGGUACAAGCGACAACCAUGGAAGCGUUAAGUUUCUUGAAACUGCAAAGGACGUGCCGACCAUUAUGACUUCAAACGUCCAUUGCCUGAGCACCAUGAUGAAGUGCAUAGCGCUUGGUGCAGUUGAGUUCCUGCGGAAGCCACUCUCUGAGGACAAACUCAGGAAUAUUUGGCAGCAUGUGGUUCAUAAGGCAUUCAAUGCUGGGGGUAGCAUCCUCUGUGAAUCACUAAAGCCUGUCAAAGAGUCUGUAGCGUCCAUGCUGCAGCUACCGCUGGAAAAUGGAGAAUUGAAUAAUAAAAUAUCAAGCGAAACCAAAAAUGGGUCUCUUGUUUAUGAAAAUGACCAUGAACACUCAGGAGGAAGUGACAAGUACCCAGCUCCUUCAACCCCACAAUUGAAACAGGGAGCAAGGUUACUUGAUGAUGGGGAUUGCCAAGAUCAAACUAACUGCUCAACAGAAAAGGAUAAUGGCGAACAAGAUGGUGAAUCUAAAUCUGUCGAAACUACUUGUGGUGAUUCAAUUGCUGAAGGCACUCUUCAGGAUGGCAAACCUCAAACACAACAUGAGUGUCUGAUCAAAGAGGAUGAGGAGUCUGCUGAUGGUUUUAAAAGUGACGGAAAGGUGUCUCCUCACCAACAUAAUAAAGACAAUCUUGGCAAUAUAAUUGGUGGUGGUGCUGAAAUCCCAAGUAAACCAUCUGGAUUUAAUUCUAGCGUGACUCGAGCUAAUCGGAAGAAGAUGAAGAUAGACUGGACACAAGAACUGCACAAAAAGUUUGUGCGGGCAGUUGAACAACUAGGUAUCGAUCAAGCCAUUCCCUCUCGGAUACUAGAGCUCAUGAAAGUGGAAGGUUUAACGAGGCAUAACGUAGCAAGCCAUCUCCAGAAAUACCGGAUGCACAAGAGACACAUCUUGCCCAAGGAAGAGGAACUGAGAUGGCCGCAUGCAAGGGAUGCAAUGCAAAGAAGUUAUUAUCCACAUAGACCAGUCAUGGCCAUCCCCUCAUAUCAUUCUAGUCACACGCUCUCCAUGCCUCCUGUUUAUCCAAUGUGGGGCCCGCCUGGUAGUAACUCAGCUGGAGUCCAGAUGUGGGGUACUGGUUAUCCUGCAUGGCAACCAACAGAUAAUUGGAAUUGGAAGCCUUAUCCAGGGAUGGCUGCUGAUGCUUGGGGCUGCCCUGUUAUGACACCUCCACACUGUGCAUAUCCUUCAUUCCCUCAAGACACUUCGGGGAUUCACCAUGCAGGUGCAGUUGAUAUUAGCCCUGGCAUGACACAAAAUUCUUUUGACCUAUAUCCGGCAGAUGAGGUGAUUGACAAGGUUGUUAAAGAGGCAAUCAGCAAACCAUGGCUACCCUUGCCCUUGGGCCUCAAGCCUCCCUCCACUGAGAGUGUACUAACAGAACUCUCCAGACAAGGCAUCUCCACCAUCCCUCCUCACAUCAACGGCUCUCAUCCCUUCUGACGUGGCAACGUGUCACCGUAAUCUAGAUGGCCCUCGUCUGUCAGCAGAUUUUCUCAAAAAAAAAAAAAAAUAUAUAUAUAACAGGCAGCAGAGACCCGACUGGUUGGGACCACCUGCCUAUUUUGGUCUUAUCUCCACAGGCUGAUCCUCAGGUGGCCCCACUCCCUACACAGAACAACAGAUCACGUACGUAGACACAAAGAAAAAAGGACACAAAGGAGAAAACGACACUGACUGCAUCCAUCUCUGCACUGAAGAGGGUCAUUUACGACGGGCUCUCUCUCUACUUGAGCGGUCGAGGGCAGGCCACGUUUGUGAGUCUGUGACCGCAUGUGAGAACUUGUGGUGGUUUGCAAUUGUAGGCUAAUAAGAGUCGCUGACAGAGAACGUGAGGUGGGGUGCAGUCAUGACUUUCUGAUCUGAAAAUUUACAAUGUUUAUCUGUUUUGAGGGAUGAUGACGAUGGAUGGGAGGGGUCUUUUCAAGUUUCCGGUCUUGUUGGGCUGUUGGGGCCAUCCAAUGGGGUUGCUCUCUUAAUAAUGGAGGGAGGUGGGUGGGGGAGUACUGCAUAAAUAUAUAUUCUUGUUUGAGUUGGGACUCUUGUGAAUAAAGUUGACCUCGGUUUUCAGUGGA